UAGAGCUUUUCUUUCAUUUCGUCUGAGACCAAACCCAUACAGAGCUUUGUAUCUCUACCUCCCUCUACUCUCUCUCUCUCUGAAGCUCGCACACUUUCUCUUUCUCUAAAAAUCUCUCUGUGUGUCAUCCACAAGAGCAGGGUUUUGAAGCAACAAUUGAGGUUUUUGUGAUGGAAAAUGGGGUUGAGAUUGUUAAUGGGUCUCAAGUGGGAGAGGAGAGUGUGGAAGUUGAGGUUUCUGAGGAGAGAAUAGAGAAGAGGGUUGUGGUGGGCUCUGAUGAAUCAAAGGAUUUGGAUGGUGAAGAGGUUUUUGAGGAGGCAAUGAGUACCCCAAGCUUUUUGCACGAGCAGGUGGCGGAGCCUGAUUCUGGGUACGGUGUGUCUUGUGGUGGAGGUGGGAAUGUUGAGGUGAUUCCUGAAUCCGUUUUGCAGGUGGUUGAUGAGAAUCCAAAUGCUGGACACGAGGUUGAGAAGUUUGAGGAGGUGGUUCAAUCUUUGGAGGCAUCCGUGAUUAUUGAAGAUAAGGUGGAUGGUUUGGUUGGUGGGAGGAGUGUUGAUGGGGUUGUGGUGGUGGAUGGGAUUGAUGAGGGUGGGAAUGAAAAGGAGGCACAGACUGAUGAAUUGAAUGGAUCGAGGGAUCAUGGGGGAUUUGAUAGUGGAGAAAAUGGUGGAGAGGAGGUAUCUGAGGUUGGUUGUGGCAGAGAGAAGGAAGUCUUGAAGGGUGAGGAAGAAGUGGACUUAAAUUCUAGUCUAGUGAUUGAAAACUCUGAAAAUAAGGUUUUUGAUCAUGUUAAUUUGGAGCAUAUUCCUAUAGAUGAAAUAUUAGAAAAUGGAGGAGGUGAUAAGGUUGGAGGAGUUGCUGAUGCGUCUCUUCAAAAAACUGAAUUACAUAGGGAGAUUCUAAAUGAAGAUGGUAAUGGUGAGGAACUGAAGGGUGAUAACUUGGAUACUGAAUGUCAAGACAAUGAGAGCAGGGAGUUCAAAGAUGCUAGAGCUGGAAUUUUUUCAAGCCAUGAGGAUGAUAGCAGUGAUGAGGCAAGGGUCAUCUCAUCUCGUAUGGAUACAGAACAUCAGGGUUGCAGGAAUGGGGAAGCGAAAGAUACUCAAGCUGGAGUUGAUUCUGAGCGUCAUGUGGAACCUUGUGAACUGAAAGAGACUUCAGUUGAUCUGCAUACAUUUGCGGAGGAAAGUCCAGUGGUUUCAGUAAUUGGAAGCUCGCCUUCUGCGGAAUUAUCUAGAACUGAAAAUACUGAUUAUUUUCAGGAUAAUACAACUGAUUUGAAAGCAGAGGAUCAUGAGGUUUCUGAACCUCAGCGUGCGGUUGAAAAUGAUCAUGAAGUUCUUAACAACCACACGGUGGCUGACGAGACUAUGAUGAAGGAAGAAAAUGCUGGGCAAGAGAAGCAAAGAACUCGAGUUAAUGGAGAACAGGAGAUACAGCCAGCACCAGAGCUUGAUUCUUCACCUGGAAAAUCUGCAACUGCUCCUCCUUCUCCUGCAGAUCCUUCUAAACUUGGAAUUGUUGCAAGACUAUUGGCUCAGGAGACUAUGCUGAAGGAAGAAAAUGCUCGGCAAGAGAAGCUAAGAGCUCGAGUUUAUGGAGAACGGGAGAUACAGCCAGCACCACCAGAGCUUGCUUCUUCACCUGAAAAAUCUGCAAAUCCUGCUCCUCCUCCUGCACGUCCUGCUGGUCUUGGACGUGCUGCACCACUACUGGAACCUGUAUCUCGGGUGGUUCAGCAGGCUCGUGUGAACGGUAAUGUAUCUCAAAUGCAAACACAACAAAUUGAGGACCCCAUUAAUGGAGAGGCUGAGGAGUAUGAUGAGACUCGUGAACAACUCCAGAUGAUAAGGGUGAAAUUUUUGCGCCUUGCACAUAGACUCGGACAGACUCCCCAUAAUGUUGUUGUGGCACAGGUUUUGUACAGAUUAGGAUUAGCUGAGCAGCUCCGAGGGAGAAAUGGGGGCCGUGUUGGUGCCUUUAGCUUUGAUCGUGCAAGUGCAAUGGCAGAGCAGCUUGAGGCAGCAGGGCAGGAACCCCUUGAUUUCUCUUGCACAAUUAUGGUUCUUGGGAAGACAGGAGUUGGUAAGAGUGCAACCAUCAAUUCAAUAUUUGAUGAAGUCAAGUUCAGCACUGAUGCUUUUCAAAUGGGUACAAAGAAGGUGCAGGAUGUUGUGGGAACGGUGCAGGGUAUUAAGGUACGGGUCAUUGACACUCCAGGGCUUCUUCCUUCCUUGUCAGACCAGCGCCAAAAUGAGAAGAUCCUCCACUCUGUUAAGCGCUUUAUUAAGACAACUCCUCCAGAUAUUGUAUUGUAUCUUGAUAGGUUGGACAUGCAGAGCAGGGAUUUUAGUGAUAUGCCGCUCUUGCGCACCAUUACUGAGAUAUUUGGACCAUCAAUAUGGUUCAAUGCAAUUGUGGUUUUAACUCAUGCAGCAUCUGCUCCACCUGAUGGCCCAAAUGGUACUGCUUCUAGUUAUGACAUGUUUGUGACCCAACGAUCUCAUGUUGUCCAGCAAGCCAUUCGUCAGGCAGCUGGAGAUAUGCGGCUUAUGAAUCCUGUUUCCUUAGUGGAAAACCACUCCGCCUGCAGAACAAAUAGGGCUGGGCAGAGAGUGCUACCAAAUGGUCAGGUUUGGAAGCCUCAUUUGUUAUUGCUCUCUUUUGCAUCAAAGAUUCUGGCCGAAGCAAACACACUUUUAAAGUUGCAAGAUAGUCCUCCUGGAAAACCUUUUCCUAAUCGAACAAGAGCUCCUCCUUUACCUUUCCUUCUCUCAUCCCUUCUCCAAUCAAGGCCACAGUUGAAGAUGCCUGAGGAGCAGUUUGGUGAUGAAGAUGAUUUAGAUGAUGAUCUGGAUGAGUCAUCAGAUUCGGAUGAUGAAUCAGAAUUGGAUGAAUUGCCCCCAUUUAAACGUUUGACAAAAGCCCAGGAGGCAAGGCUCACUAAAGCUCAGAAGAAGGCGUAUUAUGAUGAAUUGGAAUAUAGGGAAAAGGUUUUUAUGAAGAGACAGUUGAAGGAAGAGAAAAAGAGACGGAAGAUGAUGAAGAAAAUGGCUGCUGCGGCAAAGGAUCAGCCUAGUGACUUCAGCGAGAAUGUAGAAGAGGAAAGUGGUGGAGCAGCAUCUGUGCCAGUUCCCUUGCCAGAUUAUGCCUUACCUGCUUCUUUUGAUUCUGAUAAUCCUUGUCAUCGGUAUCGCCAUCUUGAUUCAUCCAACCAGUGGCUUAUAAGGCCUGUUCUAGACACCCAUGGUUGGGAUCAUGAUGUUGGUUAUGAAGGCAUUAAUGUGGAGAGAUUGUUUGUGGUUAAAGACAAAAUACCCUUAUCUUUUUCUAGUCAGGUUACAAAGGACAAGAAAGAUGCCAAUGUCCAAUUGGAAGUUGCCAGUUCAAUAAAGCAUGGUGAAGGGAAAGCAACUUCAUUAGGUUUUGAUAUGCAGACUGUUGGAAAGGAUUUAGCAUACACUCUACGAAGCGAGACAAGGUUUAGUAAUUUUAGGAAGAAUAAGGCAACUGCUGGUCUCUCAGUUACUCUCUUGGGUGAUGCCUUAUCAGCUGGAUUAAAACUUGAAGACAAAUUGAUUGCUAAUAAACGGUUCCGGGUGGUUAUGACUGGUGGUGCAAUGACGGCUCGGGGUGAUGUUGCUUACGGUGGUAGUUUGGAGGCCCAGUUGAGAGAUAAGGAUUACCCUCUGGGUCGUUCUCUAUCAACUCUUGGGCUUUCUGUCAUGGAUUGGCAUGGCGAUCCUGCUAUUGGUUGUAAUAUACAAUCCCAGAUCCCUAUAGGGCGAUCUUCAAAUUUGAUUGGGCGCAUCAAUUUGAAUAACAGAGGGGCAGGACAAGUCAGCAUUCGCUUAAAUAGCUCGGAACAGAUUCAAAUAGCUUUGGUCAGCCUCAUUCCUCUUUUCAGAAAACUAUAUGGUCAUCUUGAACAAUUGCAGUCUAGUCAAUGAUGUUAUUAGGUUAUACUGCAGCAGCUUCAUGGUUAUAGGAGAUUACUUUACAUGGCCAUCUCUAAUGGCAUCCUCAAGAGUGAGUGCUCUCUUGGCCCCCAAAAUAACUUUCCUCGAGUACAGUAAUUUUAGCUUCUUCAGUUAGAUAUCCGCAUUUGAUGAAUUUUGUUCUCUUUAAGCUACUGGACCAAGUAUUGCAGCUUGUUCAAUUAUGAUUUUGUCUUAAUUAUCUCUC